AUGGUGAUAGGCAGUGACAUACUCUCACAAAUUCUCGUGGAAGGUGUACAAACACUUUGCGACACAGUACUUCCGCAAAACACAAUAUCUGGUAGGAUUCAUAGCGGUCCAGUAACCGUGGUGUCGUUCUCGACACAAGUAGAAGAAAUCUCAACUGAUACACUUGGUGAUCAAUUGAGAAAAUUCUGGGAAGAGGAAGAAAUUCCGCAAACUCCACAAACUUCAAAUUGGAAUCAAGCUUGCGAAAACAUAUACAACCAUACCACGACUCGUGCCUCAAACGGUCGUAUGGAGUGCACGGUAAAGAAAACAGAAGAGUUAAACAUAAUGUAUAAAAAUGUGUUGCAAGAAUUUCUUUACCUCGAACACAUGGAGUUCACCUACCCCCGUGAAAUAAUCUCCAGUGGUAACUAUCACUCAUUCUACUUGCCACAUUAUAUGGUUGUAAAGCUGGAUAUCGUGACCACUAAAGUUCAAAUGGUGUUUAACGAUUCAAGAAAAUCGUGCUCAGGCAAUUCUCUUAAUGAUGUUUUGCAUACUGGUCCUACUCCUCAACCAGACCUCAUGAUUCAUGGCAUAGAUAGUGCUUCCGAAUCACUUUUCCAAGAGGUCAGUGAUAUGAAAUCUGCUGGUGUCAUACUCAAAAAACUAACAGAAAAUAACGCCACUAUACUGCCACAAUAUCCCAAAGAGGAUCUGCUCGAUUCAAGCUUUCUGAUAUUCGAGAGUUCUUCUAAAUCCAAAACUCUGGGUAUACAAUAG